CCGCACAGGAGGAGCCCAUUCGGUGUCUCUCUUUCAGUCAGUGAUGUCUGACACAUGACAUAGGAUGAACACUGCUCAUUGCCUGAUACUCUCUGUAUUGUCGUUCCUUGUUCUGCUCAUUUGGGGGUUUGAUGUCAGUGAGAACGUAUGUAACCAGUUGGUUUCCGGAGUUCUGUACAGAUCAUUCUCCCUAAAGGACAUAUUCCCUAAAGCCUCCUCUUUUUGCUCCUGGACCAUCGAAAAUCCAGAUCCCACAAAGUAUUCGAUAUACUUAAAAUUUCACAAGGAGGAACACAUUUGCUUUCAUACCUCUCUGAUGGUAUUGCAGUUGGACCAUUACGAUCACAACAAGACCUGCAGCACAUUGGAUUACAUUGACUAUGAUGCUGUCAACUUGUGUGAAACUAGGAGUUUGUUUACACUGUUACAGUUUGAUAAAGAUUUUGUCCAAUUUUGUUUGGCAUCGGAAUCUGUUUUGAACACCCGCAUCAGGGAAAAUGUGAUGGAAUUUCACACUUUAGAGUUUCUAUUACUGAACAAUGGGAACUCCAGUCAGUUUGGCUGUGGAAUAUUGUGCCGUUGGAUUGAGGAAUGUUUGGGCAACAGUGAUGGAAGUGAUUCAUGUGGAAUAAUUUACUCAGGAUGCAUAUGCCUGGAGAUGCACGAAAAUGAGCCUGCUUCAAGCAUGGUAUUAUCUUUCAGUGCAAACAAGCUUUUUGGAUCAGAACUUCAAUCUAGGAACGCUUUUGACUUAAAUGUUGAGGAUGUUGCACCAAAAACUGGAACUGAAAUUGAGAAACCGAGAAUUAGAAGCCAACAUUCAAGAUCAGUAGAAGACAGUGGAAUAUUUAUGGCACAAAUUGGAGAUCCUGCUGCCGAAGAGUGGUCUCAGUGGAGUGUGUGCUCACUGACAUGUGGGGUGGGGUGGCAGGUGAGGACGAGAUCGUGUGUGGCCUCACCCUAUGGGACUUUGUGCAGUGGUCCAUUAAGAGAAACAAGGAUUUGCAAUAAUACAGCCACCUGCCCAGUACACGGUUUGUGGGAAGAAUGGUCGCCAUGGAGUUUGUGCUCAGUUACCUGUGGGAGAGGAUCGCGAACAAGAUCACGAAUUUGCAGUGCUCCGCAACACGGAGGGAAAUUAUGUGAAGGUCCAGAGCUCCAAACCAAGCUCUGCAACAUUGCACUCUGCCCUGUUGAAGGCCAGUGGCUGGAGUGGGGACCAUGGAACAGGUGCUCAGUAACGUGUUCAAAUGGAACGCAGCAAAGAACUCGCAAAUGCAUUUCGCCCCACAGUUGGACAGAGUGCAAAGGUCACCAGGCUGAGGCCAGGGACUGCUUCAAUCCGGAGUGUCCAACUGAUGGAAAAUGGGGUUCAUGGAACCAUUGGAGUUUGUGUUCCAAGACCUGUGACAGUGGCUGGCAGCGACGCUUUCGAAUGUGUCAAGGUACAAGUGUCAAAGGAUACCCUUGUGAAGGGUCAGGGGAGGAAGUCAGAACAUGCAAUGAAAAAAGAUGCCCAGCUCCCCAUGAGAUGUGCAGAGAUGACUACAUCAUGGCAAUGACCUGGAAGCGGACUGCAGCUGGCGAACUCGUCUAUAACAAAUGCCCUCCGAAUGCAACAGGCUCUGCCAGCCGCAGAUGUUUGCUGAACACUCGCGGAAUCGCUUUUUGGGCCCCACCCAGUUUUGCCAGAUGUGUGUCUCAUGAUUACAGGCAUUUACACAUAGCGAUCCGAGAGCACCUUGCCAAAGGACAGCGGACCCUGGCGGGAAAGGGGAUGUCACAAGUUAUAAGGACUAUGCUGGAUUUAAUGGAGAGAAAGAGUUUCUACAGUGGCGAUCUCUUGUUCUCUGUUGAUAUAUUACGCAAUAUUACUGAUACAUUCAAGAGAGCCAGCUAUAUUCCUAUUUCUGAUGAUGUUCAGAGAUUUUUUCAAAUUGUCAGCUACAUGCUUGAAGCAAAGAACAGGGCUAAAUGGGGUGAUGCACAGCAGAUUUCACCUGGUUCAGUCCACUUGAUGCGGGUGAUUGAAGACUUCAUCCAUAUAGUUGGUGAGGGACUGAAAGUGUUUCAGAGUGCCCUGAUAGUAACGGAUAAUCUUGUGACGAGUAUUCAACGAGAGCCUGUGUCUGCUGUGUCGAGUGACAUUAGCUUUCCUAUGAAAGGCAGAAGAGGAAUGAAGGACUGGGCGAGGUCCUCGGAAGAUAAGCUUUUCAUUCCAAAAGAGAUUUUCAUGCUUUCUUCUUCAGAAUCAUACAACUCAGACUAUUAUGUCAUUGGAGCUGUGCUGUACCGGACACUGGGUCUCAUUCUACCUGUUGCAAAAAAGGCGAUGGCACUGAAUUCCAAAGUACUUGCUGUGACAGUAAGGCCACAGCCCCAACCUACAGAACCAAUGGUUAUUGUGGAGCUGUCCCACGUGUUUAACGGAACAUCUGAUCCUUACUGUGUUGUCUGGGAUUACUCCAAAACAGAAUCAGACUCAGGGAGCUGGGACCCUAAGGGCUGUGAAACCGUGCACACGAAAGCAACAUACACUAAAUGUCUCUGUAAUCAACUGGCUACUUUCGCCAUUUUAGCCAAGCGACCGAGAGAUUCAAGCAUGGAUUUUACUGGAGUGCCAUCGGUCCCAUUAAUGAUUGGGUGUGGAAUUGCCUGUAUGGCACUGUUGACAUUGCUUGCUGUCUAUGCGGCCUUUUGGAGGUUCAUCAAAUCUGAGCGUUCUGUUAUUCUACUGAAUUUUUGCCUCUCUAUUAUGGCGUCAAACAUUCUGAUUUUGGUGGGACAGACACAGGUACAUAGCAAGGGCGUGUGUAUGAUGACAGCAGCUCUACUGCAUUUCUUUUUCCUCUCCUCUUUCUGUUGGGUGCUGACAGAGGCAUGGCAGUCCUAUCUUGCAGUGAUGGGAAAAAUUAGGACCAGGCUGAUAAGGAAACGCUUUCUGUGUCUCGGCUGGGGUUUACCUGCCCUGAUUGUGGCUAUUUCAGUCGGUUUUACCAAAGCAAAAGGAUAUGGAACAGCAAAUUAUUGUUGGCUAUCUCUGGAAGGAGGUCUCCUUUAUGCAUUUGUUGGGCCGGCAGCAAUCAUUGUAUUGGUUAAUAUGCUCAUUGGCAUUGUGGUGUUCAACAAGCUUAUGUCCCGAGAUGGAAUUUCAGAUAAGUCUAAAAAGCAGAGAGCGGGUCAGGCAAGUGAAGCCCGUAGCGGUAUGAUGCUCAAAUGUUCCAAGUGUGGAGUUGUUUCAACUACAGCAUUAUCUGCCACCACCACCAGUAAUGCCAUGGCUUCCCUGUGGAGUUCGUGUGUCGUGCUACCACUCCUGGCACUGACCUGGAUGUCAGCUGUUCUUGCAAUGACCGACAGGCGAUCGAUUUUGUUUCAAAUACUGUUUGCCGUUUUUGACUCUGUUCAAGGAUUUGUUAUUAUCACAGUUCACUGCUUCCUGAGGAGAGAGAUUCAGGAUGUUGUAAAAUGUCGAACAGGAAGCUGCAAAACUGAAGAGAAUGAAAACUCACCGGAUUCAUACAAAAACGGACAGGUUCAGAUCAUGACAGAUUUUGAAAAAGAUGUGGAUCUCGCCUGCCAGUCAGUACUCUUCAAAGAGGUGAACACUUGUAAUCCCGCGACCAUCACGGGAACGUUGUCUCGGAUCUCCUUGGACGAUGAGGAAGACAGAAAACUGAACACAAACAGCGAAGGGUUGAACUUCUCAACGCUUCCGGGAAACAUCCCCCCAGGGAACGUGCUGACUAUGCCGUAUCCCACCAUGCACCAGAUGCACAACCUGAUUUCCGGGUUGAACGAACUGAACGAGCAGACUGCCAAAAAGGAAAACAACAGCAGCGACAUGAGGGGCAAGCUGUACCUGUGCACAGAGAACAACCUGAGGCCGGUGGACGUGAUGUGGAGCCGGGCUCAGGAGCAACCAUUGGAGAGUGACUAUAUGGUGCUCCCAAGGCGCACGGUCAGUUUGAAACCUUUCAGGAAAGAGGAGGGCAAAUUGAACAUCAAUGUGGACGAUACUCGGCACAACAUCGUCGGGACCCACCCAAGCGAGCCGGAGGUGUACCCCAACUUUGUCUCAGUCGAUCACAUCAAUUUGAACUUAAACCAGCCUUACGGAACGCUCAAGCAACCACGCGGUUUACCUUUCAAGCAGCACCCUUCGGUCAGGCAUAUUUUGGCGUCCGAAUAUGCCAACAGGAGCCGGACCAUGCCACGCAGUGAGCCAGGGUCAUCGAACUCCAUGGGCUCCUUAGAAAGGAGACGAUUGAGGUACUCCGAUCUUGACUUUGAGAAAGUCAUGCACACAAGAAAGCGUCACUCAGAACUGUACCAUGAGCUGAACCAGAAAUUCCACACCUUGGAAAGAUUUCGAAACCCGGAACCCUCAGGAUUUAAGCGAGAGAAGAGGUGGAGCAUUUCCUCAGCAGGAGCUGAAAAGAGUUCUCCAAAUGAACAAUCUGCACCAGAAGAGCAGACUUGGGACAGUUUGAAAACUGCACCUAUCAGCACGCUUAAUUCAGACCCACAGGAAAAUUUAGAACUGCAUUCCACAAACUGGGAAAAAUCUGCUACAAUCCCUUUGGAUACAUCUGAAGGAGACUUUCAAACAGAAGUUUAAAUGCAGUUUCAGAAGUUUAAAAAAAACUUGAAAAAAACCUAGGAAUAUAUAUUUUCACACUGACGCUUUGAGAAUAUUUUUUUGUGUUGAAGUCCUGAUUAUUCUUUGAAUUGCUGCGAUGAUCUUCUUACAUCAGUCAAGCAGCGGGAUUCUCCUAUCCUCUUAUCUUCAACCUUCUCACUCCCAUUGGGAAUUGAGAACACAGGGUAACACAAUCUGCAAACCACAUGCCCAAUCUAUACUCCAGAUUGUUUCUAUUUUAUGAUUUUCUUUAUGGUGUGUGUGUGUGUGUGUGUGUGUGUGUGGAAAUGCAACACCAAACCUGAAAGAAUUAAGCCACUAAUCUUCUUGUGGGCAAAAAAAAAUUGUCAAGCCAAACUUCUUUCCAAUCAUCUAUAGCAGAAAAGCCUUGUCUGCAGAUAUUGAAAUAACUGUAAAAUCUGGUGUAUGUGUAACCCAGUUCCUCUCUUGCUAAAGGAGGGGGUGGUGAUUUACACAUGGUUGUGAUUUAGAAUUUGGAUUUUACAACGGCUCUCUCAUUGCCAGCUGUUCCUUGCUCUCUUCCUGUGCUGGUUAUACCCUACAAUCUGGUUGGCACCAUUGAGCCAAGUGGCAGCUUUCUUGUAAAUGAACGUGAAUUCACACUGGAGCUCGUCCCUCGGUGGGCGAGACAGAAUUAGUAACUGAGUAACGUAACAAUUGAGAAGUUAGUCUUUUAUGUAGAAUCACUUUGUUCUUUUGUAAUUCACUUCCUGGACCUGGGUGGCUCCAUCCUUUUCUCUCAGCUGCCGAGCUCACUUCUUUUUAAUAAAUUCUGAUUCCUUUUUCACACAAAUUUGUGACUUUCGAAACAGUCACAUUUGUCAAGUACCAAUCGAGACUGACUGAACUGCAUGACUCGAUUUGUCCUUUCGUUAUGGUUUCAAAUACUUUUAUUGCAGAAAUAAAACACAAAACAAUGUUUCUGGAGAUCAGAAGAGAGUUUCCAGAUGGGAAUGUGAAUUUUUUUAAUGCAAUAAACCCAAGUUGCCCAACAACUGGAAUAGUGUUCAUUGCUUUUUAGAGAGGAAAUAAAACGUUUGUUUGUGGAAACACAGUGCAUGUUUGCACAUGUGUCAGGC